AUGGCGAGCAACCCGCCGUCGAUCAAAGAUAACCCCUUCAAACGCCUCGACGCUUUGCGAACCAAAGUUUCCGGUGUCAAGGCGCCGGCGCCGGCCGCGGCCGCGCCGCCCGUGCCGCCGCGCCGGCCGAGCGACGGGUCAGCGGCGUCUCACACCUCGACGGCAUCGCCACCGGUGCCGCCUCGGCCUGCGGCCGCGCCCAAGCUCCCGCCCCGCCGCCCGAGUGCCGCGUCGUCGACGGCCUCCACCGACACGCCGGCGCGCCCGCCGCUACCGCAGCGCACGGCGUCGACGGCGUCGCACGCGUCAACGGCGUCGCGCCGCCACUCGCUCCCCGGCCAGCCCCUGCCGCUGCCCACGACGCUCCGGACGCCGGCGACCUCGGACGACCACGAGGACCGGCCGCUCCCGCCGCUCCCGCCCGGGGCGCGGCCGGCGCUGCCCGCGCGCGCGCCAACCGUCACGCGCCACCACUCCGAGGCCAACCGGCCGCUCCCGCUGCCCGAGGAGCUACGGUCGCCGACGGCCUUCGUCACGCCCACAACGGUGGACACGUCGCCGUCACUCUCGGUGCGUGAUCGCGCGGCGGCGUUUGAGAAAAAGACGCCUUCGGUGCCCUCGCGCCCGGUGCCCUCGCGCUCCGUGUCCUCCGUCUCCGCCGCGCCGCCCCUCCCGCAACGCUCGGUCUCGGCGCUCUCCGACGCCUCGGUCUGCUGUUCGGAACCGCAAUUCGCGACCGUGACCGCGACGUUCGCGCCGAGCGAGGCGUGGCAGCUCGCCGUGGCGCAAGACAGUCGCGUCGAGGUGCUCAAGGUCGAGGACGACGGCUGGGCCGAAGUGCGUUACGAGCAGGGUACGAGGGGGAUGGUGCCGCGCUCGUACCUCGCGAUCGACGCGCCGGCGGCGCGCCCGCCGCCGCCGCGCCCGGCCGCGCCGCUCCGCUCGGUGUCGACGCUCUCGUCGGUGACCGACGACGCCUCGGGCCAGCAGCCGCGCAUGACCGCGACGGGGACGUGGUCGUCGCUCUCGUCCGUCGGCGGCCACCGCGCGUCCGUCAUCGAGCGGACGGCGUCCUCCGACGCGCCCACACGCCCGCCGCUGCCACAGCGGACGGCGUCGGCGGCCUCCGACGCUCCGCCGCUACCGCAGCGGACGGCUUCCACGACAUCCGCGGACGAGCCUCCGCGGGUGCCGCCGCGGCGCAUGUCGUCGACGUCCUCCGUGGCCUCGCGCGUGUCCGCGUUCGAGGCCAUUGGCCUACACGCCCCGGAACCGGCGGCGGCCGCGCCACCGAGCAUGGACGGCACGCGGUGCACGGCCGUCGCAACCUUCAACGCCGUCGAGGCGCUCGGUCAGCUCUCGCUUAAGCCGGGAAGCGUCGUCAUCCGCCACACCACCGACGGCGACUGGUGCGAGGUGACCGACUGUACCACGGGCAAGCGCGGGAAGGUCCCGGCGUCGGCGAUCCAGGAGGUGCGCGAGACGACCGGGGCCGCCCCGCCAACGACAACCGCGCCAGAGAAGAAGAAGGACUACACGUACUCGUCGCUCCCGUCGCUGACGGGCGGGCCGAAGCGGAAGAUCUACAAGCAGCCCAAGAAGCGCUAG